AUGCAGGUCAAGCAGAAGCAGGCCCAAAUCGAGUCCAUCGAGGAGCAACUCGAGAGAGAUGGCGCUCGUGUCAAGAUCAUGACGGACCACUUGGUCAAUGUACAGCAGGAGCUCGUCAACACUCAGCAGCUCGUCGACGCGAAAAGGAAUGAAGCCGCCACAGAGGAACAUCUUCAGGCGCUCACGAAUCGGCAGCUCGGACGGCUGAAAUCUGAGAUCGUUCGGCUGCAUAAGGUCUUGGAAGACACACAGGACCAGAUCAACGCAUUCUCAAACGAGCUGAUGCGUGGGAACGAGAAGUUGGACCAGUUCAAGCUUGAGAUGAAUUGGAACCAGGAAGAGCUGGAGCAGUGGGCCAUAGCUGCCAGGCAGAAGGAGGAGGACGAGCUGACACUCGAGAAGUAUCGCCGUGCCGAUGAUUCAAAGGUACGCGAGUUGACGCUGACGGUAGAAAAGCUCACCGUCGAGAACGCCAAUCGGCGAAAGGAGCUGGAUGACCUUGUCACCGACACGCAGGCCAAGCAGAUCGAGAUGGACAAGACAGCAGAGCUUUUCCGCCAGCUGCAUGACGAUCGUAAGAAGAUCAUCGAGCAGUGGGAGGAGUCAGUCAAGAAUAUGAAGAGCCGGGACUCCCAGCUGGAGCGCCUCGGCGAGGAGUACGCGGCGAACAUGACCCGAAAGAAGGUCAAGGAAGACAAGAUGAAGGAGCGGAAGCAGUUCCAUGAUGAGGUCGAGGCAGACAACGAAAAGAUGGAGCAAACCAUCCAACAGACUGACAGGCAGCUGGUCCGCAUGCGCAUGGACCACAUGGAAGCCAAGACAUCGCUGACGGGCUUCAAGGAUGAGGUCGAGGUGAUGAAGAACCAGGUCAGUGCGUGCCACUCCGAAAGGAACCGGACCGAGAAUGAGCACCAGGUUGGUGCCCAACGCCUCGAAAGCCGGCGAGACAAGCAUGAGCAAGCAUACCGCCAGCUGGAGAUGCACAAGAGGGCUCUCCAAGACCAUCAAGACACCACGCGGAACAAAGAGCAGAUGAGCCAGGAUGCCGAGCGAGCACGCCAGGAGAUGAUCAACAACAUGAAAAUGGUCGAGAAGGAGAUGAAAGCAGCCAAGGAAAGCCAUUACAAGGAGAGCCAAGAUCUCUACCGCCUCCGUGCCGAGGAGGCGACCACGCUGGGAGCGAUCAGCGGCGCCCAGUCUGCCAUCAAGAAUCUGCAGCUUCAAAUCAGCAAGCUCGACCAAGAGCGGCAGCGGCAGCAGGAGUUGCUCUAUGCUGUGGAUUUCCAGUCGCAGCUGAUGCAACGCAAGGUGGCUCGAGUGUCUGGAGAGCGGACGAUCGAAGAGAAGGAGGAGUUCAAUCGCAAGGUGGAGCAACUCGACAAGCAGCUGGACGAGCAGAAGUCGCUGCACACGAUCCUGUCUGCGCAGAUCAAGCGCCAGGAUGCGGAUGGUCUUGCUGUGCUUCAGGCUUGA